GCAUUAUCCUCCGCCUGCAGCCGAAUUAAGAUAGUGAUGAAGAGAAACGUGGUGGUAUGUGGGAGGCUCUGGCAAACCUCCUGCUCUAUGAAGGGUCUGUCAGCUGCUGCAGCGAAGAAGAAGAGGAAGAGGAGAGGGAGCGUGGUUUACUGAGGAAGAACAAAGGAGGGAAAUCAGCCUGUGUGUUUGAAUGAAUGUGCUGAAGCUGCUGAAACAACCAGGGAGGACAGAUUCUCUCAGAUCACAUCAGGAAACUUUCCAAAUCCAACCAAACAGGAAUCUAACCGAGCGUCUGUUUCAUCAACUAAAGGAGCAUUCUGUAAAAAACUGAGGAGCAGACAUGAACCAAACAGCAUCUGUUUCUCAUCAGAUUGACUGCCAACCAGCCAAGGAUACGAAGGUGAGAUCUGAUUUACUGUAUCUGUCACACAGCUCUGUGGGCUUCACUCUCUCUCUACGACCAGUCACUCUUUUAUUUCACAAACAUCAAAUCAGUUCAUCAUCGACUUUAUCAUAAAAAUAUGUGUAAUCCUUUCAAAGUGAGUUUUUAAACAAAAGCUUGGAGACGUCAGACGUCAUCAUCUCUACACAGAAGUCUGUCAUCAUUAACAAAACUCACUUAUUCAUCACAUUAUCUCCAUGUUAUCAUCAAGUUAUCACCAAGUUAUCCUCAUGUUAUCUUCAUGUUUUCAUCAUGUUAUCUUCAAGUUAUCAUCACAUUAUCCUCACAUUAUCGUCAAGUUAUCAUCAAGUUAUCAUCAUGUUAUCAGAAGUUUUGUUUGCAUUAAUUUUAUGCUAUCUUCACAUUGUCUUGAAGUCAUGUUCACAUUUUCUUCAUGUUAUAUUCACUUUAUCUUUACAUUAUCUUGAAGUUAUGUUAGCAUUAAAUUUAUGUUAUCUUUACAUUAUCUUCAUGUUAUUUUCACAUUAUCUGAAGUCAUGUUUACAUUAUCUUCACAUUAUCUCUGAGUUAUUGUCUUCAUGUAGAUAACUUCACAUCUAUGAACUUUUCAAACUUUGAUCCUUUUAAAAGUUGUUAAAUCUCAUCCACCUGAGUAUCUUUCUAUUUUAAUCUCCUCUGGUUUUUAUAAAUAUUAUAAUUUCUUAUUUCUCUAAAUCAACAUGAGAGACCGGAUCAGGACCAGAGUAGACCAUGUCUCUAUCAGUCUGAUCCUGUCAGGAUAUAAAUCUGUAAGAAUCGAUCACAGCUGACGGUGAAGAUGUCAGACUCUUCUCCUAACACAGCUGAGCUCCACGGUCUUCAGCAGAAGUUCAUCUAACAGGUGCACUGAUGGGGACUAUUUUCAGCAGCGGAUGAAUACACUCUCAGGUCUCCAGUUAGAUUUACAGUCAGAAGCCUCACUGUGGGUGUAAACUCUGUGACUUCAGCUCUGUCAACUUUAACCUCCUGUCAGUGUCAGAUUUGAAACCCAGAGCGCUGAACUUCACUCUCUGACCUCCUCGAGUCUCAUGACUGAUAUCUGCAGAAAAUCAUCACUGACAGCAGCGAGCAGGAAAGAAAGCUCCAACACUAAAGAGCUUCAUUAUUACCCGCAGUUUAUGCAAAGCAGUUCUUAGCUGGAGGACGAGCAGCCAGAGUAUAAUCCUGAAGAAUCCUGCAGCUGCAGGGUGGGACUAAUCUGGCAGUUUUGGCUACUUGUGCAAAGAAAAUGCUGCUUUACACUUUUUAUGGGAUUUCAGACUUUAACAGGUACACAAGGCUUCAUGUUUGAGGGAAAACACGUCCUAAUCUGAUGUAAAAACCUGCUCAACUCGACCAGAAAGACUGAAAGUGGGUCAACAAACGCUGCAAAACGAGCUGGGACGCUUUGUUGCUCUUCACAUUUAGUCCAAGUGGUUUUAAUUGUGUCAUAAAUCACAGCUCAGUAAUCCUCCCUCAUGUGCUGCUUCAUGAAUAAGCUGAAGCCUCCUGAGAAACAUGAGCUGUGGAUUUACAACACAAAGCUGCUCAUGCUAAUGGAGGGACUGAUUUCAGUUCUUUGGCAUAUUUAACGGUGAGAACCCGAGUCUUUUCAUGAUACUGUGAGAACAUACAGGAAACCUGAAAUCAGCCUCCACUGAUUUCACAGGAACAGUCUCCAAGCGUUGGUUUGAUGCCCACGCAGGACCUGCUGUGGUGAAAAGGUGACCCGCUGCAGUCCAACAGAGCCGCUCCGUGACCCUCAAUGUAAACGGCGAGGCGAGCCUCCCUGCAGCCUUACAGCCUGUCAAUCAUCUCUCUGUCAGCACAAACCAAAGGUGGUCUGUGGGCGUGAGUCUAAACAUAGACGCUGCCAAAGCAGGAAUUACAAAUUAGAGCUGAUUCAGGAGAGACUCUCAUUCAGAUUUACUCUCAUUAAAGCUUUUUUAAGACCACCUGGAUGCAGACCCCCCACCUGUGGAGAUGGACCACCUGGAGAGAUAAUCGUCUGAUUAAUAAUAAAAGCUGAACAUUUAUUUAGUUACCAGUAUUAGAACAUUUAAAGUCUUCACUGAGAAUGAAGUCCAACAGUUUCAUUAUCACUCACUCCCUCUGUUUCCUCAUUUACUACAGCUUUGGUGGUCAUGCGUACUGUUGCUAGGUUACAUAUUAUUCUGGUGCAUAUUUAUCAUAUAUGUAUAUAUAUUUAUAGACUCAUAUCAGUCAAACCCCUCUGCAGAGGUCAGAGAGUGGGGGUGUUUUCACAGACGGACAGCUGUUAAACUCUCUCUCUCUCUCUCUCUCUCUCUCUCUCUCUCUCUCUCUCCGUAAUAAUCGUUUUUUUAUUUUUUAAUGUCACUGAUCUUUAAGUCUGACCUUCACUUUAAAGGUCCGUUUUGAUCAUCGGGUUUUUUAGGUUCUGGAAAGCAGAAUUUCUUCCUUCUUUCAUCUACUUCUGCUGUGUCCAUGCUAAGCUAACUCGCAUAUUUCGCUUUUCUUCAUACGAAGAGAAAGUCGGGCAUGUUUGGUCUCGAUCUUCUUCUCCUAAUCUCCUCUGGAAAGUGAUUUAUCAACUUUGAACACUAUUUUCAACUCAAACUGCAAAAAGAUAAAAAAGAUGAAAUAAAAAUACAGAGACUUCAGAUGAUCUUGGCUCUUGGUUCCCAUCUUACAUCCUUCAGAGGAAACCAGAACUCAGUCAGAACUUUUCCUGGGCUGGACUCCAGACCCUGAAACCUGUGAAACUGAACAGACUGCCGUCAUAACCGAGUUUAACAGCCUGUGCAGCUCCCCGUCAGCGCCGUCAAAAACCACUGAAUGUUAACAUUAGCCCCAUGUCGUCACUCGCCAUCUGUUACCGCGUUGAUGGACAUCAUUUAGUGAAGAGGCUCAUUAGUGUGUGAGCUUAAGAGGGAAGAUGAUGAUAAAUCCUGUUUGACUUAUAUCUGGAGGAUAAUGCUCCCAAGGUGCUCCUGAUGAGCAUGUCAGCAUUAGUCUGCAUCACAAGUCUUUGUGUGUUUGUGGAUCUGAAGGUCUCCUUUCAUAGAGAGGAGCGCCUACACUGUUAUUGUGUGAAAGCCAGACUGUGUGUGAGAAGGAAACUCUGCUGCCAAGUUACUGAGACACAGAGAAGAAGUGAGAGAAGAAUGAAACUCACCCUCUCCUGUGGUGAAAGCAGAGUGAAAAGAGCUGCUCUAGAGACAUGAAGAAGAGGUCAUUGUGCGGUAACAUGCUGUUUUUACAUGCAUGAGUGUUAAUGUUACAGUUAACGGCUUUAAUCUGAGCUGCUUUACAAACUCAUCCUGCUCUAUAACAGAUGAACUCAACAUGUUUCUUAAAAAGUGUGUAUGUGUCUUUAAAAGCAGAAACCUCUGCAUUUCAAAUUCACCCUCCUGACCAAUACUGUUGGAGGAACUCAUGCUGCUUUCAGGUGGAAUUGGAAAAUUCGGCUUCUGAUUGAGAAACUCCACACAAAGUUGGAUAAAGUAACAGAGAAAAUAUGACCUUCAGUGAUGGACAGAGUUGAACCUGACCAAAGUGGAUGUUGAUGAGCAGCAGCGACGUGGAUUUAUUCUUCACCAUAGAGUGAAGCACAUUUAUCUCCACCAUCAGUGCAGAAUCAUUUUACUGAGUAAAGCACAGAGAGCUGGAAGAGAGGUCUCCAAAAAAACAGACGAUUUCAGAUGGACCUGAAUGCAUCACCAGCCUCCACCUACCAGAGCACUCCUGAACUGAUAUCAGGCCUCUGUCAGACUCUGCUCAGGUUCUCCGUUUGUCAGCUGUGAGGUGUUGAUCUGUCCAGAUGUUUCCUCCUGUUAGAGCCGCAGACCUGUGACUUCAGUAAGUUCGUUUUUCCUGUUCAUCUAAAACGGAGAAGUCUUUAAAGGGUGAGAUUUGAUUCUGAACUUUGUCUGUGUUUUCACUUGACUUUCAGCCGCUGCACCAAAAAGUCAUGAACACACGGUGCAGACGGAGUUUCAGGCCUUCUGAUAGAAACAGGCUAUAAACUAUCAGGAUCUAUGGAAGUCAAUCUGUGCCAUCUGAUUCUCAAUUUGAUUUUCUAAAGCUGAAGUUUUUUACAUCAAAGUCAGACUUUGAAUUUCGCAACUAUGACAUUUCAAGCAUGCAUUUUUAUUUCUGACACUUAUUUUUUUUUUCUACAAUGAUGAAAUAAAUUCAGUGUUAAAAAAAAAAUCAGUCUCUCAAGUAUUUGUUUAGUAAAAAUUCACCAAAAAAAAAAAAAAAAAACUAAAUAAAAAAAUUCAGUGUCAAAAAAUUCAACAUAAAAAAAAUUCAACAUAAAACAAAUUCCAGUGUAAAAAAAUAUAGUGUAAAACAGACCAACUCAACAUCCGGGUAAUCAGGGAGAAGCAAACCUCAAUUCCUCAAUCUUCCACUAGGGUCGUUUUUUUUAAAGUUGAAUUUUUACUGUUUAAAUUUUUAAAGAAACCGAUUUUUUUUUUUUAUACCGGAUUUAUUUCAACAUUGUGAAAAAAUAAGUGUCAGAAAUAAAAAUGCGUUCCUGAAAUUCAAUGGCUUUAAAAUUCAAAGUCUGAUUUUGAUGCAAAAAAAUUCAGCUUUAAAAAUUCAAAUUCAAAAUCAGAUGGCACAGAUUGACUUCCAUAAAUCGAUUGCUUCUCCCUGAUUACUCAGAUGUUGAGUUGAUCUGUUUUAGACUAUAUUUUUUGACACUGGAUUUUAUUUUAUUUAUUUUUUUUUAAGUUGAAUUUUUACUACACGAAUAUUUAAGAGACCGAUUUCUUUUACACUGAAUUUAUUUCAUCAUCGUAAAAAAAAAAUAAGUGUCAGAAAUAAAAAUACGUGCUUGAAAUUAAAGUCUGAUUUAUCAACUCAUAAAACUCGUAAAAUUCAAAUUCAAAAUCAGAUGUCUCAGAUUGACUUCCGUAGUAUUCAUCCAAAAUCAAACCACCUAAAACAGAAAUGACUGCAAGACCGCUGAUAACCACAGGAGGGCAGUCUCACACAGGACAGCUGCUGUUAAUGGGUUUUAUUCAUGACCUCAGAAUCAGACACCUGAGACCUCACCUGGAUAAUAACACGUUUAAAUAAAGAUGAAGCAUAUGAAGAUAAUCCAGAUUACCAAAAUCAUUAAAGACAUGCGGCGCUCCUGUCUGAGUCCGCCUCCUCUGAGACCCCCUGGUCCUUGUUUCUGCCUUCACUCGAGUUUUCUUUGGGGGGUCAGUGAGUCACACUCUGCGGCUCAUGAGGAAUCCUCUGCGGUCGGACAGCUGUGAAGUAUAAUUGUACAAACCAAGGUCACCGCUGUGAAGGCUGCAGCCGGAGGCAAAGGAGAAACUGAUGGAUGUUUUCUUUCUUCAGCUGCACUUCUUUCAACUCCAGCAAAUAGAGGAAAACAGCAGGACUGGGGGGCGAACGACAUGAAGACCAACGUUUAGAGGAACGACUCUGCAGACACCGUUUCAGACUCUGACUCUAAAUACUGUCUCAGAGCGGAUCUGAAAGAAGAGUCUAAUAAUACGUCUGACCCCAAUGACCUUUACUCUGAACACAUAUCUCUGACCGUGACCGACAAUAACAGUCGUGUCUUUUAAUUCAUGCUGUUCAGUCUCCUCCUCCUUCAUGGACGUCUUCUGCUGCACUAAACAGCAUGUAGCAUCAAGCUAAUAACCACCAUCACUGAAAACAGCAGGUACCUUCAGCUUUCCUCCACGUGGAUUCAUCUUCAUCUCCAGUCGAGCCGCAGAAAAAGCCUCUUAUUGUUCAGUAAUGAUGUUAUGUCUGAGGUUAUUAUCUGUUUCAAUGAUUAAACUCAGCGCACAGCCUCAGGCCUGCACAUCAGCCGUAAAACAACCAGAUUUUUACUCAUUUCUGUGUUUUUGGAUCAAAAUAUUCAAGUGUUUCUGGAUUUAAUUUAACUGUAAAGAGAGAGAGAGAGAGAGAGAGAGAGAGAGAGAGAGAGAGAGAGAGAGAGAGAGAGAGAGAGAGAGAGAGAGAGAGAGAGAGAGAGAGAGAGAGAGAGAGAACAGCUUCUGACCAAUAAGAGCUUUCCUCUUAAUCAGUCAUGAACUCUGUGAUCGGUGGCGUCUCUCCGGAUGCCGAGGAUGAUGAUGAUGAUGAUGAUGAUGAUGGAGGUUAGAGAAGAAGAAGAAGAGAGGACUGAGUGUGUGUGCAGAUGUGGACUUUAGAGACCAGAAGAAGCCUUUAAAUGAUUUCUAUUCUCCUGAACUGAAACAGGAUUUUUAUGUUUCUUCUGACACAUCAGGAAAAACAGGUCUCUGCAGGUGCAGAGUGUGGAACACUUUAAACUUUAAAAGCUUUUAUUUUGAACCAUUUAUUAAACCACGCCCACCUGUCCACAGUCCUGAACUACCCGACGCUCCGAAGCAUCUACAAAACAAAUCUCUGUUGGACUACACCGACACCUGAGUCUCAUUUAGUAGAUUAUUGGAGUUUUCUUCUGGACACGAUCAUGAAGUUCUCCUCCUUUAACUUAGCGAAUGAUCACAACAAAAAGACUUCACAUAGGAGAAGAGAACGACCAACUGUUUUCUAAAAGAGAGAUUUCUCUUCAUAACAACACAGGUCUGUCAAAGUGUCCCUCUCUGAAUCAGAGACCGGUCACUGGUGUAACAGGAAACUACUCGGGUCACAGUUUUUGUCUCUCUGUUGAGCUCUCCUGAGGUCUACGAGUUUCACUUUGAGCUCCUGCAGAGUCAAAGUCACAGUUUAAAUCCUGAGACCUCUUUGGGACUUCCUUUCUUACCUGUCAGUCUUUGUGCUGCUGACUGAAGCGUCGACUUCUGAAACCUUAAAUGAGACACAGCAGCGUGUUAAAGAGGAUGUUUUUGUUUCUUUACAGCCUUUUGUUUCUCUAAUUGUCCUUUUAACACAGAAAACUCCUUGAGUUGAUCUCAGAGGGCCUGAGUGUCACCGUCAGAUGAAUCCUCCCUGCAGAGAGAUUAUCAGACUAAUGACGCUGAGUGAAAGUGGGUUGACUGAUUGUACUUAUGAAUGACACCAUUUUUCAGGUAGAAAAUCAGAGCAGGAAGCGUGUGAGCCGGACGUGUGUUUACUCCGAGGAGAGACGGCAGACAGACACACGGACACACUGGCGGCACAGUCGGGCUGUCUGACUGAUUCUGCAGCUUUUUAAGGACAUUUUAACACAGAAGUUUCUGAUUUUUUAUCUUUUUUUAACUUGCAAAUUUUGAGCUUGAGAGAAAGUUGAAGCUGAAGUUUGGAGUGUUUUGAUUCUGCCCGAGUUUGACAGCAGAGGCUUCAAAAUGAUGGACCCAGAGCUCCGAUUUCAAGAGGUGAGGUGUCACUGCACUCGUAUUUUUAGAAACCAUGUCGCUGUUUUUUUUCUUGUAGAAGAUGCUGACAGAGUGUCUCGGCGUGCAGGCCUGCAGAAGUGGCAGGAGAUGUUGAGAAAUAGCAUCAUUAGGUUCCUUUAAAGCUGGAGGAUCAGUGUGGAAGAGUGACAUGUAGGUUUGUGUGCGUGUCUGUGUGUGUUAUCAUGAAGUCUCAGGAGUGUGUGCGUCCUCCUGGGAGAGUCUGAGAAACAGAAACACAUCCUCAGGGACUCAAAGUGUGUCAGGACGCCGAGUAAAUGAUGAAUGGGCUGUGUUUGAGGUUUGGCCAAUCAAACGACAGGACCCGCUCUUGACAAACAGCGUUGGUUUUUGAGCGAAUCCACGUUUUUGAUUUUGUUCUUUGAGGUUAUGAUGGAGGCAAAACUGAAGCAAACAAAACUUGACAGACCUGAAACACUCCGAUUUGUUUGAGAGGCUGUUUACUGACAUUUGGGAACAUAUUAGAGGAAAAGAAGUCCCUGAGAAAAGACUCCUGAUCACCUUUGCUGUGUAAAAGCCUGACGACUUUAACGCUGAAGAAAACAUCUUUUCUCCUUUCUUAUUGUGUUUUCUACCUUUGAGACCAAGGUUACAAACUUUCUGUUGGAAUAAAAUGACUAAUAACAGAGUCGCUCACUUUGGUUUGAGUAGUUUGAAAGAAAAGGUGGAUAACCUUUCUAAAUCUAAAGUUACUGUAGACAGAGAAACUAAAUCCAACCUACCGUCCUGUAUCUUCCUUUCUUUAGAGCUUAUUGUCCUUUCAGAGAAGGAAAUCACUCUUCCUCUCUGUUUAUGAAACUUUAACCUGCUCUUAUCAGGACGUCUGGGCCCACUUACCCACUCAGGAACCUUUCUUAUCAUAAAAAGGCUUUUCCUCCAAACCUCAGUGGUCCCAGACUUCAGCCCUGCAGGUUCCCAUUAAGUCUGCAGGUUAAUUACAUUCACCUGUUGUCCCAGGUGAGUCGGCAGGAGCGAGGGAAACUCAGGAGGGUUAGGAUAUAUGAGGAGGAGGAACCUCGACUUUUCUGUGCUGUUAAAGUAACAGCCUGAUUUUCACCAACAUCUGUGGAUCCUGAUGAGUUCGAGGUUUGUUGGUCUCAGUCUGAUUCUUGUUUGAUUUUUGGUUGAGUCUGAGAAAAACUAAACAGAGCAGGAGCAACACUGAACAUCACAAGAAGGUGGUGUGGUUAGGGUCACACUCUUCUACGCAGUCUAAAGACUCGAGCAGGAGUGCGUAAAUACAUGCAUGCCUGGGUUGGCAACACGAACGCAGAUGCAUCAGCUGAACUUUGCGGUGUGCAGACUGUGGAGAAGGUUUGAGCCUCGGGGACAUCAGUGAACUUCCCAAACAGCAGCAGAGGUCAGAGAGAGAUCAUUUCCACGUGCGCUCUGAUUCCACCUGUUUAAUAUUUAAUGGAGGAAGGAAGAGAGUCCAACACAGGCUGGGAGGAUCUCUUCCGCCCUCUCUCACCGCUGCGCUCCUUCAGGUUCUCCUUUUCAUCCAUCAAGCCCUUCUCUCUUUGUCUUUUCAGUCUGCUGCCAUUUUCUCCUCGUUCACUCCUCAGUCACCUCAAGCCUUUCCUCUCAUCUCCAUUCAGGCACUUACACGGCUCGUUCAGUCAAAGGCAUGUUGAUUUUGGCGCCCCCUGUGGACAAAGUGAUAUCUCUUGCACCAUGUUCUGCCGAUAAAAGUCUCUGCUGCUCCUUUUUAACAGUCAGAUAUGAUUUCUCCUCUUAACUGACUCCAUCUCCCUCUCUGUCUCAGGGUUUACUAAUGUGAUAUGGAGCUCAGAGUGUGUGAGUUGGAGGUCAUUAGUAUCUUCAGGCUUUCCUCUUUGACACCCAUCCAUUUGCAUUUAGUCAGCAGCAGAUGAAGACCAGCUGGUUCCUGAUCUGCUCGAUUGUCUCGCUUCGUUCCCCUCUGAAGGGAUUUCUCUCUGAGCCUCGGCCGCGGUUUAUUCUCCGUCGAUACGCCGAGUUUUAAUCCUAUCAUUUUAUAACCGAGGGGUGUAUUCUAAUAGAAGAUAUCACACAGGAGCGCUUAUAAUCUCUGAAGUGAUACCGUAGGAGGAGUAGAUGACAUCAUGAGAGGUAAAAAUACCACAAAGUGUGAGACACAGGCCCACUGUAAAGCCCUGUGGGGGUAUUAGACUGCUGCAGAAUACUGUGGAUACGAGGGAGCAGCUCAACAUUUGAUGAUUUCAACACAUGAGCAUGAAAAGAACCCAAAAUGAAAAGCUCUACAGAGUGAUGGGAUAAUUAAAAAGGCUGUCUUUUACAUUUUUAAUAGGAAGGCCUGUGCCGUGAAGCAUCAUUUGUCAGGAUUAAUUAAACUACAGACAUGCUUUUUAGCUUAAUUAAUGACUAAUUUCAAGUUUUAAAUUGCUUUAAUUAACAGGGGGAGGCAUAAGACUGUUUAAUGUGCUGGAGCAGGAAAUUUAACUCCAAAUUUGACACCAAACUGAGUUUUAAUCAGACUGAAUGUGAGUUGAUGGACGGCAUAGAACAGAAAAGAAAACUUGUCACCAUUUUUUCUACCAUACCACAGAAACUGAAGGUGAUAAACUUUGGUAAACUUUGUACUUUGGUAAAAUUUCACAUGCUUUAUAUCAUUUUUCUAAAUACCAGGAGAAACUUUGAAAUCUUCACGUUUGAUUUGAAACAUUUACUAGACGAAGUUUGACUUUAACAAUAAACAGCAUCUUAAUUUUCACUAAUUAUCUUUUUAUUUUUCUCUUAAUGUUCAUUUUAAUCCAUGUUCUUCAUGUUUAUUUUGUGUUAUUUUAUCAAUCAUCUCUGUUCUGAAUAUUUUUCCUAAUUCUCGUCUCAGAGGUUUUUACUUCUUUUACCCCUUAAAUAUGGUAAACAGCUCUUACUUAUCUGUUUAUUUAAUGUCAUUUUCUUGUUUUAGUCCAUCAGGUUUUACUCUUUAUUUCUAACAUUUUUAUAUUUUUAUCUCCAGUGUUUCCUGAAGGUCGCUCUUUCCUAACGUAAUGUCUCGGUGUCAGGUCAUGUGUCUAUAACAAUAUAUCUUAAAUUCUCACUUUGUGUGCGCUUGUGAGUGAGUGUCCGUGUUAACUGGUUUAAAUUCACAAACUAAUCAGCUGUUUUUAAAGUAUUUAGUGCUUCCUUCUCCAGCUGCAGCACAAAGUGAUAAAUAAGAAAGAUUGGAGUAAAUAACUGAUGUGUUAUGUUACUUUAAGUCUAUGUCCAUCCUGACUGUCCUGGUGAUGCACACAGGUCUGAGUCAGACUCUCUUUUUUAAUUUAAAGUUCACCAUCAUGAAAAUAACUCCGUGUGUUCGUGAUGUUUGUUUGUACCCACUGUUUGGGAUGAUCGAUAGCGCUUUAAUUAUUCACACACAGCCCUGAAAUAACAGUACUUACAGGGAGGAGGGGGGAGACUCAGCUUCAGCACCACGGACAGCGCUCAGUCAGACCGGAUGUCAGCAACCCUAAAAAAAUAAAAGCACGUGGAAAAAAAUUAAGACACUGCUGACACUGUUAAAUAAGGCGCAAAUAGGGCUGUUAUACGACCGAGUAUUAGGGCCACAUUAAGAGAAAAAAAACCCAAGAUUUUGAAAUUUAAGUCUUUAACUUACAAGAAUAUAGUCAAAACAAAGUAUAUAUAUAGUAUAGUAUAUAUAUAUAUAUAUAUAUAUAUGUAUAUAUAUAUAUAUAUAUAUAUAUAUUUAUUCUUUCAACCAAGCGUAGCUCAUUGGAUGGGUCUGUACCCUUUUGAGUACACUUCUGUAUUACAAAUUGUUUAUGCAUUUUUUUGGACUAUCUUUAUAAUCAUAUUGACACGACGUCUUAUUAGUUCCAUUAUUAGUGUAUGUUUGUGUUCUGUAUUUCCUUUUCCUUUAUUUUGGUUAAACCUAAGUUUGUACUCUUAUACAGUCAUAACUAUGAAGUCUCCAUUUUUAUUAUUAUUAUAUUUAUCUAUAUUAUUUAUAUCUUUUUCAGCUCUUUUGUUCGUGUAAAAAUUUAGCAAAAACUAUUUACCUUAUUCGCACUCUUCAAUUUAAAUUUAAAAAUAUCAUUAUAAAAAAAAUGUCUUCAAAGUUGUAAAGUUGUGAUAAACCGUGUGUCUUUUUUGUAAAAUCAGUCACACUAAAAUCCUCUCAGAAACACGUUUGCACUACAGGACUUUUAUUUUGGAGGUUCCACACGGAAGUAGUCCCGUCUCGAGCUCAGUUGGCUUACCGCUCGUGCUCCUAAAUUGCCGCGCGCUCGCUCGGUGUUGGACCUUAUUAGCGGGAGAGGGACCAGAGAACCACGACCGAGCAGCAGAACCGACACCGAGGUACCGGGGGAACAAUGACCGCGUCCAAAGACCCGACAAAGAAGAAGCCGAAAGAGGGGCAGCAGGACGAGGUAAAACACCGGAAAAUUCACCGGGAAAAAAACCGUAAAUGUUGAUUUAAAUUCGGUUCGUUCGGCCGUUAGGAGGUGAAGCAGCUCCGGUGACGGGGACCGGCUGGACCUGCUGCUUUUUACCGAUUAAUUAGCAGCGAAAUACCGUAGAAACGAGGAAAAUAUCCGAAUUAAAGGAAGUACAGUAAGUUAGAUAUACAGCUGAGGAAUAUAGUGACAAAUGUGAGCACUUUUACUCUCAUUUAAAGGUCUUAUCAGGUGUUUAAUUAGUCCGUUAAAAGUCCGUUAAAGUAAAAUAUAUAUAAUUAUGAACGAGGCUUUUCAGACUCAUAGUAUAUAUAACUGUAUUAUAAUGAGUGAUAUAAUAAUGAAUAGGGGAGAGUGGGGUAAGUUGAUCCACCCCCUGUUGUUUGGAAAUGGUCAAAGAAAUUGAUCAUAAGACCAAAUAUUGAGGAGAUGGUCAUCAAUUCAUGGAGUCUGUGAAGGUUAGAAGCUCAUGGGUGAAGAAGAGGUUAGACAUUUAUUUAUAAAACAACAUUUUUCUUCACUCUGUAAAGUGAAUUUAGUCUGUCAUCAGUUUGAUUAGAAUUGUGUUCAGACCAAAAAAGAUCAUUUUAAAUGUGUUUUAUACAUCAACUGUGGUAUUUAUGACAUAAAAGUCCACCAUUUUAUCUCAGAGGACUAAUAAAGUCAUCAUAGUAGUUCAGGGGGAGCAGAGACAGUAAAGGAGUCUGAGGAGAGGAUCAGAGUUUACCUUCAGAUUAAUGAAAUGUUUGACUUUUUCUUUCUCAUUCUCAUCUUCAAAUGUUUUUUUUUUUCCAAACAGCUUUUUAGCAGUCAAUGUAAUAGUAAUAAAAAGAAUUAAUGUACCAGUUGAAUAGAGUAUAAUAGAUAAAAACACGGAUAAACACUCGGGGUAAGUUGACCAUAGGAGACCACUUUUUUUUUGUCCUGCUAUAUUCUGAAGAUGACAGUUCUGUUUACACUCAUUCUGUUGGUUUACAGGGAUGAACAACAUCCUGAAAUAUCUGCAGAUACACGAGUUAAAGACUAAACUAGGACUGACUUGAUGUAGUGAUCCCAAAUAUGAAAAAUGGAUCAUCUUACCCCAGUCUCCCCUACAUCACUUUAAUGUUGCAGCUGGUUAAGGUGAAGAUGAUUUCAUCUUCUUAAUAUGCCGUUAAAAGUCUCACUCAUUGAAAAGGACAUCAUAGUUAAAAUAACUUCAAAUGGGUUUUUUAUUUACCUACUAAUACCUGCUAAAUUGUAUGCGGUGUUUUCAAAUUCAGUCUCGUUUUAGUAUGAGAAAUGUCUCAACAGAACACCAAAGUUUGACCCUUCUCUCCUCGGGUACAGCCCGUCGACCUGCUCUCUUCUCUGUCCGCUUCAUGUAUCUUCUCUGAUGGGUCUUCUCUGUGUUUGAAGCUCUGUGAACGCUGAAUUGAACAUCUUUUUACUGUCACAGCUUCCUGUAGUGUCUCUGCUGGAAACCUUCAUAUCCACACCCUGUUUUUUUUUAGACCAGCCCCUCCCUCACAUCAUUUCACCGUCCACGCUUCAGGUGACUUACAUCAUCCUGGCAUGAAGCGGGAGAGGAAGGAUGAGUCCAGAGAAAUGAUGUAACCCUUGAGCCCCUCCACAGAAGGCCAUGAAAUUCAAAGUUUGAGAUGAGCAGGAGUCUUUUCCUGAAAGACUGAAAACAGCAGAUCCACAUCUCUCCAUCUCAGGCCCGAGUGGUUAACUUUAUUUACUUUUUGGGACAAAUAUUUAAACUCCGAUGGCUCAUUUUGGUGGAUAAUCAGCACUCUGUCUAGACUGGAUGAUAUAAGUGUGUGUGCAGUUAUAUAAGAGGAACUACUGCACUGCAACACUGGAAGAUUAAUUCACGUAGUUAGACGCCAAAAACAACUGCAAACAAGUCUGAGAGAGGUUUAAUCAAAGAGUCACCAGGUUCUGUGUGUUAGGUUAACUUUCACAACAACAACGAUGAUGAUGAUGAUGAGGGGCGGAUGUUUCCAUGGUCACAGAUACAACCCUGAUAAUCUGUGUGUUUUUGUCUGCAGGAGUUUGUGGAUGUAAGCCCCCCGCAGAGGAACUGGAAAGGCAUCGCCAUCUCUCUGCUGGUGAUCGUGGCGGUCUGCUCACUCAUCACUAUGUCUGUGGUCGUCCUCACGCCUGGUAUUUACGCCUUUACCGUCUUUCUUUCUGUUUCUGUCUUCACGAGCUGAAGUUAUAAGAAUAAACUCCACAUUUGACGUGAGUUUGCUCCGUUUUCUCAGCCGAGCUCCCCGGCAGCAGCAGGUCCAGACUGACCGUGGCGGAUCUGUACAAACCGGAGUUCAGAGUUCACAACCCUGAGGCCAGGUGGAUCAGCGGUGAGUACUUGAUGUUUCCUUCUCCAGCUGUCUCUGUGAUGGAAGAAUAUUACUUGUUCCAGGUCGAGGUGAGCGCUCAGUGUUGAGUCAGGAGGUGAGGAUGAGGUGACAGAGAGAGGAAGGUGAUGGUGAUGUAACAGGUGAGGAUAAAAAAAGAGUGACUUUGAAGAAUAAGAAGUUUGUGCUGUCGGACUGCGAGUAUUCACAAGGGUUUCUGUCCCCUCAGCGAGCUCAUCACAUCCAGUUUGGAGUGAUUUUAUCGAAGGACCACACUGUCCAGCCCUGAAAGACUGUAAACUUAUCAAGCUACAUGUGAUAAUAAAUCACUUUUAAAUUCACUUUGAAUUGGAUAAAAUCUAGAGAUGACUUUGAGACUUAAACGAGACAAAGAAGAAAAACACGCACUCGUUUUUUCUCGUUAGCAGCGACUGACAGCCUGAGGCGGCUCUGCGAUCACUGUCUCUGGUAUUUACAGUAACGUCAGGCUUAGUGCAUAAAUGCAUGAAGUAAUGUAAGCGACCCCUGCUGACCUGCAUGACAAACACAGAUGGUCUCACAGUGUCAUGUUGAAUCAAGAGCAGUGACUCAGAGUCACCCACACCUUUACCCUGUGAUAGAACAUCGUCAGUAAUAACGCUCUGUUAGUACUGGAAUUACUCAGUGCUUAUGGGCCACAUUAAAUCACGAUCAGGGAGGAGACCCGAGCUUUAAGUCCAACUGUGUUUCAUCAUUAACACACUUAUGGGCUCAGCUGAGUGUGCGGCACACUCACACCCAGCGCUGUGUGCCUUAAAACUGCUUCUACGUGCAAGGGUAAGAGUAGGUCUGUAAUUAAAUGAUAUUAAAAUUUAAUGCCCAGCCAUUAAAGUGCUGAAAGAAAGAAAGUAGAAGUCGAUCUUUAGCAGAAAGUUCAGUGAAAAUGAGCCAGACAGUCUGUUCUUUUCUGGUCAAUUAUUCCUGCAGAUGUGAGCGAGCUUAAAAAACAGUGAAACAGAGAAGUGGGUUUCUUUUCUGGAGGGGAAGGAUGUUCAGAAAUGAAGCAAAAGCAUCAGGUAGCUGUGAUGUAUCAGUAACAGUGAAGUCACAGCUGUUCAAACCUGAUAUUCUUUUAUUAUAACCAGGAGAAACGUUUCCUCCUUCACUCCCCGUUGACCUUUCCUCUCCCUAAUCUCCCCCAAGGCCACAUCACCUACACCCCCCCACCACACUUUCCCCUUUGUGUUACAUAAGACCUGCUCUGUUGGAGGAGUUACAGCACAUCCUCCAUCCGUGUUGGAGCGUUUCACUGUGUGUGUGUCACACAGUAUGAACAGGCUGCACUGUUCCUCCACAUGUUCAAGUCCAAGUCCUGAAUUUCACAUCACUGCAUCCAAACGUGCGUGCUGUUUAACUGGCUUCUUGACGGCGUGACAGAUUGUGUUUGCAUUCAGAAAGAACAGAUUACAGAGGAGGACAGAGAGAGAGAGAGAGAGAGAGAGAGGAGGAGGAAAAUAUCGUCUCCAGCUGACGGAGGCGAACAGAAACGAUGAAAUAUCGCGACGGUUUGUUGACAGCAUGACAGCUAAAUUAUUGUUCUAAUGGCAUACAGAAGGAAGGGGGGGGACUCAGUCUACCCUGAACAGUCUUCUGGAGACCUGCUGGGAGUGACACAGACGAGGACAGAGGUGGAAGGAGACAGCCAGAGACGACUUUGAGCUCAGGAGAUGAAACAGAGACCCUCCGCCUGCUGCGCCCUCCCCCUCCACUGAGAGAUAAUACUAAUGACUUGUCCUGUGGCCUGUGGCUUCUCAUUAUGGCUCUGCUGUGGAGAGCCUUUAACAAACACACGCACACACACACACACACACACACACACACACACACACACACACACAGACAGUAUGUCUUAGCGUCAGUGCGGGCACGUUUGAUCUCAACCUGCGUCAUCUCUCAGCCGAACGGAUCCGACCCGGUUCUGAGCAGUUUGUAAAAUCAUACGACCAAGAAGUUUGAAGCAGCUCCGGUCAAUAAUUUUAACACGACUCCCAUAAAACCGAGAGUCUGAGUCACAGAGAUGUUUCAGAUCUAUCAGGGGUGAAAGGAAGAAGACUCGACAUGCAGCUUUCUGUGCAGGUCGGUCUGUCUGCCUGUCUGCCUGUCUGUCUGUCGGUCUGUCGGUCUGUCUGUCGGUCUGUCUGUCUGUCUGUCGGUCUGUCUGUCUGUCUGUCUGUCAGUCAGUCAGUCUGUCUAUCGGUCUGUCUGUAGUGGAAGUGUGUCUUAUACACAGGAUUUGGUGGCCAACACUGAGAGAGUACUUUAGCUCUGAUGAACAGGCAGAUACUUUGAAGGAAACCAGACUCACGGGUAGACAGCCAUCUGCCUCAGCUGUAAGACGUCUGCUGGACUCCUGGAGAACUUUGAGGAGUCUCAGAAUUCUUCAUAACUCAGGUGAAACGAGGUUAUGAGCUUCAGUAUCCCUACUGAACACGCAGACACAACCUGGACUCGAUUUCCGAUCGGGUCGAUUGAUGAUGGACUAAAUCUAUGUGGAUGUAUAUUUCUAAACUCUGAGCUUUGAGUCGAGGUUGUUAAAGCUCACCUGGCAGAGAGAGAGAGAGAGAGAACUAAACAGUUGUUGUUGUUGUUGUCGCUCAGUGAUGAAUUUUUCAGCUCAACAGGGUCAGCUGUCCCAUUAGCUGCAUUGCUGAGAUCUAUGGUGAAGUUGGGAAAUUACUCGCUGACACGCUGCAUGGUGUAAAUCUAUUGUAGGCUGUUUGCGGAGAGCUGAGGGUCCGUGAAGACGCUCGUGGUCUGGGUCUGGAUUUACAGCCGGGUGUCCUGUGGGGGUGUUUUGGGUGUAAUUCAAACAUGUCUGAUGGAAAUUGCUUCCUUGAAAACCGCUAACUUAUUUCCUCUCCCUUCUCCUCGUACCCUCAUAGGCUUCAGGGCCCACUCCCUCUCAUUCAUCAGCCCGACACGCGCUGUGAUCUGUUAAACCGCACCUUUACCGAUCUAAAGCAAAGCACGAGGAUUCAUGUGACGAUCACGUCCAGACACUCUGAAGACCGAGAGAUAAUCUAAGAAAUGAAGACGCAGCGUGGCAGCUCCUCGACUUCGGCGGCUUUUCCUGCUUUUUAAACAGGCGCUGAACGGCAUCGAGACGAAACCCGAGAACAACAAUCAAACACACAAGUGUCCAAAUCUUCGUCCUGAGAGCUCAGAGCACGUUUCUGCAGCACAACACGGAGGGAUGAGUGAUGGGAGCAACGAAUGCACUCAAGCACACAACCUGUAGAUGAGAUCCUGAGUGUCAGUCUGUCCCGGUUCUCUGAAGUGUUUGAACAUCUCAUUUUGUGACUCACUUGUUUUCUUCACUUUCUUGCUGAGAGUUAAAUUGAGAGUUUUGAUUCCACUUUGCUGUGUUCGGCAGAUAAAUAACCACCAUAAGCCGAGUUAGAUUAACAUAAACGCUGGAAACAAAGAAAAGCUACCGCCGCUUUCCCCGCUCGCUAUUUUCAAUGUGGACCCUCCCGUUUCCAAAGGCUCUGAACUCUGAUACCGACACCGCAGAGGUUUCUUUGUCUCCUGAAUUAAACUGGGAACGAAGAAGCUCGGCUGACCUUCACUCCGACCUUCUGAAGACGUGAUUGAGUGGAGGUUUGGGCCGCUUUGGCGAGGAUAUGCCUACUAGCUUGAGUGAAGUAGAAGUCUGCAGAGAUGGUCUGCUCCUGCUGUAACACCAACAACAAAGUUCUCGACCUUUCAAAUGGUUUUCAGACGGUGACAAAGUGAAAUCUCCCACUCUCAAACCGUGCUAACACUGGGCUCCUGGAAACCAAACUAAUAUUUUCAGGCGGGACUGAGUGAGCGGUCGCCGUUACAUGAAGAUGUGAGUGAACGGAGAACCUGAUGGACGAACAUCGAUGCUUCUCUCCUCUCCUAGAUUUGAUCAGAUCUCAGAAUUAUGAUCGAGAUUUCGUGCUGUAGUUCUGACGUCUGCGUGCGUGUGCGCGCUCUCAGUCUUAUUAACGCCGUUCUUACAUUAUCAUCAGCCGCUCCACGCGCUCCUGAUGAAUGAGCGUUUUCUCGGCCCUCGCCGUGGAUUCAGAUCUGUUUUGGCGUUCCCGUUAGUGCUGCAGUCACGGGGUCACUGUUGUGUAUGAGUGAAUUAUUCAUGGAGAUGUUGUUUACGUUUCCUGUUCUUAAUGUACUGCUGAUGUGAAGUCGAGCUCGUAUGUUUCAGAUGAAGAAGACAUUCAGGUGCUUACAUAAGAGAGAGAUUCAUAGAGUGUGUGUGUGUGUGUGUGUGUGUGUGUGUGUGUGUGUGUGUUCAGAUGAUGUUCUGGAUGAGUGCCUCGCGCUGCUUGGCUUGUCAUACAUGAUUCCUAAUGAGGUUUGUUCAUACAAUAGGCUACGUCUCCAGCAGUGACCCGUAUGAAUUAAACAUCAUGAAUAAUAGAUGAUCUGUAAGGGUCUUAUGUAAAGUAAGUACACUAUGUUCAAGGAGGAGCAGUUUUUUUCUUCAGUUUUAUUUCACCUCUAAUCAAACCCUCAAUUACUGCCACACAGAGGCCCCCAGACACGCUCGCUGCACGCCCUUUCUUUACUCCUUAUUUAUGCUUCUUAACUGAAGCACAUCCAGCCUAAAAGCCGCCCGUCCUCAGCCGCAGCGCUGAGCGAUGCCCUCCCCUGCAAUCAGCCACAUAUUCACUCCAAAUGAGCUGCAGGAGAGCGUCAGGGGGAGGGUGGAGGCGCAGCUGCCUGUGGUUGAGUUUGAGGGGGAUGUAAAGAAAACAUGCCUUCAAUAAGAGCCUCGGCGUGAAAACCAGGCACUGGAGUUUGGUCUGAGACAAGCUCAUUAACGUCCGUACACUUUGUCUUCAUGUCUUCUUCUGUCAACGGGACGAGGAGAGCAACAACUGAUGUGGAAACUUCUUCUUCUUCUGGCUCUAAAUGCAUUAAAAUACCCCACAGUUGUUGCUUCCUUCCACAUGAUCUGGUGCUGCUCUGCACAUGUGCGGAGAGUCUCAGUCUGCAGGUAGAUUGAUCAUGAUUCUUGAUAUUUGCAGGAGCGUUGAGAAGCAGCUGCUGUUUGUAGUUUGUUGCUGCUGUCAGGGACGCAUUAAUGUGACAGCAGGUCUGGUAGGUGUAGCAGUGACCUACGUAAGAUUAAAGAAACCAGGACAGCAUUCACUGUGUGUGUGAGUGUGUGUGUGUGAGUGUGUGUGAGUGUGUAGUAACAUGCCAGCUACCUGAGUGUAGCCAUGAAUUGAAAAUGUUCCCGGCGGACAGACGGCUGGUUCAGAGCGACGGUGGCUGAUGAAGUGACAGGCUCUUUUCUUCUCUGCAGCAGGUGCUGCGCCUCUUGUUUCCUGUUUAUUUUCCUGAGAAGAAGAAGAAGAAGAAUUACACCCUCAGGAUUAGCUUUCAUUAUCAAUCAUCUCCUGCUGAUUGAUGUUGAUUUAAUUUUUCACUGCCAGGCGAUCGAGUCCUUACUUUUUAUCACAGGUAUAAACGAAGGUCAGAGGAUGUAAAAUAAGGGUGGUAUGUCCUAACUGAGCCUGUGAAUCACAAAAAAUCAAACAAAACGAAUCAAUCUGGAGCGUGAGAGUGUGAGAGGAAAACCCUUUUAUACUGAGUAUCUGCUGCUUUUUUUGGGCGGAUGCCUCGCAGGUUUAUUCGUUCUUCCUCUGAAGCUCGGUGACCUUCUUUAAGGGACUGCUGGGUCUGUUGACUGUGUCUCUGUGUCCUCUUUCAGAUUCUGAGGUGGUGUACAGGAACUGUGACGGCCACGUCAUCAAGUUCAACUUUGAGACGAACGAGACGGAGGUCAUUCUGAGCAACAGCACCUUUGUGAGUGUUUGUGUGUGUCUGCUGUCUGAACCAUCACUGUAGUAAGCAGAGGCUUCGGUUGUUGUCGUGGAAGAGAGGACCUCUGUUACGGACUUUAACGUGGAGUAAAGUGCAGAGAAAACAAGUUUGAUUUGACUCAUAGAAAGAUGCUGAAGUCACAGAAGGCUGAUCUGCAUCUCUGGACUCUGCUUCUGUAAAUAUGAUGAACUCUCACUUCUUUCUGUUAACUCAAGUAUUUUUAUUCCAGGUAAAAAUGUUCUUUUAAUGAAAUAGAGAGGUAAUAGGGACUUUUGGAGAGCUAGGGUCCCUGGAGGUUUGAAUUAUUCUAAUUUUCAUCUUUCUAAACCCUAAAAUCAGAGUUCCUGUUCGCCUGGCUGCUCUGAGCUUGUCUAGCUGGUGUGAUUGGAUCCUCAGAGGCAGCAGGAAAACAUGUCAGAGCCGCCGACAGCACCUCAUCACUCUCACACCUGCAGAAUCACAAUAUGAUAAUAUCCUGCUGAGCGGGUCGUGUAUCCAGCUGUCGGCGCGGCGGGCGAGCCCGGGCCUUUGAGGCGCUUUUGAAUCUGCUCAGCUCACCUCAGCUCACCUCUGCACAAUCAGCAGGAAGAGAGAGAACAUGAUCAUCGGGUUUGGGAGGCAAUCAAAUCACUGAAUAGAUCCUGAUUGAGCUCCUUAAUUUACAUUUUCUGUGAUCGCACAAACAAACGUCCAGGAACAUGAAAACAUGUCAGCAUCUGUGAUCGUAUUAUCCUCUCAAUGCUUGCAUAAGCUCUCCAGGAAAACCGGAGCAGGCCUAAUUUAGCCGCUUUCUAAUUGCAUCAUUAUAAUCUGGUUAUUUCAUAACCCUCGUGCACUGUAAAAAGAUAAUCCUAAAAAAAGUCCACGUGGAGUCUCUUUUUUGAUGAAGCUGUUCAACAGGCUCUCUCUCUCUUCAUUUUGCCAAAUUUUUCCACCUCGCUGCAGCUCGUGCUUUUUAUGGUUACAUAAGUGGGAUCUGAGGAGGAUUUGAGGUCCCGUGGUAAACUCAUCAAACCAUAAAAAUCAAAUCCAACCAUCCAGCAUCCAAACCCAACAUCAGCUCGCUCAGCUUCUGGAUCUACAGCUGUCCGACCUGAGAGGCAGAGGAGGAGGAGGAGGAGACCUAAACCACGUCUUUAAGGUUGGGCGUGUGAUCGCUCAGUCCCUCUGCACAGCCGUUGAAAAGUGACUCUGGACAGGUUUGAAAUGUCGGGUGUAAAAUAUCCGUCCACCCCGUCCUCUCGCAGAAAUGUCACAACCCGCUGCAGCUCCCUCGUGGGUUUAUGGCCUUUAGUUGCUAGAUUAGUUUUCAGCCGCCACAUUGUUCGACAUUUUCAUGGGAUGAAAGCUGGAAACAUGAACAAUGUCGCUGACACAAAAAAGCAAUCACAGCCUGUCAAACCCGAACCCCGGACACCUGAGGCGUUUUCCCCCCUUUGUGUUUUUGGCUCACCGCUGCUGACAUGUUUGGAAAGUGUCCGAAGUUUUUGGUGAUUCCUGCAGCUGCUGGAACCGUCGUGGUCGUUCAUUCACAUGUUUAUUUUGACAGGGUUACUGCACCACAGUCAGGUAGUUACCUUCACACUCAGACUCUGAAGAAAAACCCAGCAGACGUCUUUGUUAUCGAGGACUUUUCUCAUCCAAAUCUCCAUCAAACAUUCGUUCAUUUUCCCCGGGUAUUUUCCAGAUUCAUCCGUCCUCUGCAGGUAUUUCACAGUUCAGCUGAUGCCUCUCUUGAUGCUCUGUGUUUGUGUUUUUUUCAGGUGUCAUUUAAGGUGGCGAAGUACUCGCUCUCUGCAGACCUGAAGUAUGCGCUCUUUGCUUACGACGUCAAACCGGUGAGCUUCGAAUGAAACGACUCUGAACUUUAUAACCUUAAAAAAACACAAACAGGUUUUAUUUCUUUAUAAUCUGCGCUCCUCCUUCCUGACGACCACACAAGCUGUGAUCGGUGUUGUUGACCGUCCUCGGCGUGAGCAGCCAUUCCUCUCAUCUCUGUUUACUCCCCAGCUGGCUGUGGUUUACAUUGUGCUGUGUGCCGUCCUCAGGGAUGCUGCCACUCACUCAUCUGCAUGCUCAAACUAAACCAAAACCAUGUAUCUGCAUGUUUGUCAUGUGCUUUAUUUAUCUGUAAAUGCAUGUAUGUUUGUUCUUGACUCAGGUUUAAAAGGUUAAGUUUUUUUCUGAAUACUCUCUCGUUCUGCACCACCUGCUCCGCACAGGUGUCUGUUUAUUUGUUGAGUUUCUGUUUUGUUAGCCUUUUCGAGUGUUCAUCUUUGCAUUGCGGUUCUGUGUUUGUCGGUGUGUUUCUCUGUCUGUUAACACUCAGUCACCCACUGCUAGGCAUUCCUCUCUUCUCAAAGUCAAGGUUUUUCUAUUGAUUUUUAGAUUUGUUUGCAAACAGAUGGAUCGAGGCGCAGGUUUGGGAACGCUGCUGCUGCAGGAGAAACAGAGGAGGACGUCUGUUUGUCCCGCAGUAUCCUCUGUAAACAUCCUCAGACAUCACAAACACGUUCACGGGCCUCUCAGUGGGAUACAUUUAUGCAAAAGAAAAGUAUAUAUAGAGACAUUGAUUUUCUCUCCUCCUCCUCUGCAUAUGGAGCCUAAUUGAUUGCACUUUGGUUUUAUUUGUUGCCAGGGAAACAUGAAUUCCCCUGGAGGUAUGAGACGUAGGAUAACCCACCGAGAUUUAGCUGCUCUUAAUUGAAUUUUUUCACUCAUUGCACCGAGUGUGUAAGAGAAUCAGCUGUGCAGGAAGCAUGUUACACCCUCCAGCAGAGAGUUCAGAGUUUGUCUCAAACUUUUUAUUGAUCCAGACUUCCUCUACGAACACGUCAGGCUGCGUUGGACUGAAAAAGUGCACAAAUAUAAUGGAGUUUAACGCUGAAGUUUUAAUUUUCUGCAGACAGGAUAUCUUUGAGGAGAUGAAACUCUGCUAUUGUUGGUCGGUUCACUCAUCUCCACGUUUAUCAGCUAUUUGUCUGUUUGACUUCAUAUGUCUGCUGCUGGUUCCUCACAUCUCUUAGUUUUCAUGUAACAAUCUCUAUUCCAGCUGCACCGCUUUAAACAUACAUGUUCUGGGUUUAAAACACAGGGUUGAUCUAUUAAUACUAGUGAUGCACGAUAUGAAAAAUUUCAACCGAUACCGAUAACCGAUAAUUUUCUUCUUCUCAUGGCCGAUACCGAUACCGAUAACCGAUAAAUUCAUAUUUUGACAUUUAUUAUAAUCUUCAUAUAAUCUGCAGUUUGUGCAGGAUGCAGCGAUUGAAAACUGAUGUUUUUGUUGCUCUGGCCUAUCUAGAACAACAAACAAAAGUUUUUGGCUCUUCAAAUGUGGUCAUUUGCUAUAAAUAACAAUAACAGAGCAAAAAGCAGAACUUCAUUUGAUCCCCUGAACUGUUCAACAGAACUGUAAACUGUAAAGGAGCUAUUAUGAGACGUUAGGCUUCGCAUGCUGACCGGACUAACAUCUGACGUCCAUAUGUCUGUGGUAAAACUCACGUGUAGUCCGUUCUUGUCGAUCAGGUUGUGAAUGUAUGUGGCGACAAUAUCAUAGAGUGCAGGAAGAGACACAUCCGAGAAGAAGCGGCGGCUUGGGAGAGUGUAACGUGGCUCCAAGUGUGCUAUUAACUUGCGAAAACCCGGGUUCUCAACGACGGAAAAAGGCUGGUCUGAACUCCAUCACUUUGUCGUUAAUGGCUUUAGCCUUUUCGCUGUCUCUUGAGAAGCUUUUGCAGUUUUUAAACGCCCGCUGAAUGGGGACAUCGAUCCUCCGUAGUGUUGUUGUCUUAGCUUUAGUACCGCUAGCAGCUUCGGCGGCUGUCUCAUAUUCUUUUACUACCGCUUCGCCGCGAUGGCGACUUUUCAGAUGAGCUAUCAGAUUCGCUGUGUUAAUACUUGACGUCUUCUUUCCUCCUCUCGGAAUCCUCGCUGAACAGGUUUUGCAUAUAGCAGCUGUUGUCAUCUUCUGCCACUGAGAGAAACGACCAUGCUGGUGAAGACAUUUUAUUAUCUGUCAGGUAGUGACGGGGUCAGGCUUGGGACCUGCGAGUAAGGCGCGAUAGAUGACGUAACCAGCGCGUCUCGGACGGGCGGCUACUCCGCCUGCAAACGUUACUCGUAAUUUCAUUAAUAUAUCGGAUCUUUCUAUCGGAAAAAUGCACCUAUCGGACCGAUAAAAAAUGACGUAAUUUUCCCCCCAAAUCGGCCGAUAUUUUAUCGGUCCGAUAAAUAUCGUGCAUCCCUAAUUAAUACCUCAUUAAACCUGUUCAACAUCGAGGUCAACAGAUUUCUCUGAUUUGUUUUCUGGUUGUUUAUCUGGAAAGUCUUCAUCUCUUUAGUUUUAACAGCCGAAUGUUUUUUUUUCUGUUGUGAGGAAAUCCACUAAACUAAAUCACAGUUUGGCAUUGAAAUAAAUCAAGAGCUUUUGGUAUUCAGUCUGUCUGCCUUUAAAACCCAUUUUCGGUUGUUUCUCUGUUUUCCGUAGAUUUUCCAGCUUUAUUUGUUGCUCCGCUGACUUUGUUCCCACUCGUGGAGGUCCGGGGUUUCUCUCUGGCCCUGAGGUUUCACAAACAGAUUGAUGUUUGCAUUUUGUGAAGAGUUUAUCUCUCUUGUUGCAGAUGUACAGAUAUUCCUACACCGCCUCUUACAUUGUUUACAACAUCUACACCAGGUGAGCAGCUUUCUCUGGUGGGGACAGAUCUCUGACUGUUUGGAUGAAACCAUUUCAGCAUCUGACGCACGUACACGUCCGGAAACAGAUGGCUGCUGAUGUAUUUCUUUUUGAUUGUGUUUCAGGGAAGUUUGGGAGUUAAACCCUCCGGAGGUGCACAACGCGGUGCUCCAACACGCAGCGUGGGGAAGACAAGGACAGCAGCUGGUGAGGCUGAGCGUCUCUGUCGUCGGCUUUUUCUCGUCUUACUGUCUUUUAAUGAAAAACCGCGCUGCCUCCGCUCUCUGGAGAUACUGACUCCAUCAGUUCCGCCUUUAUUUCUCACAGUAUAGACUCUGUUUACAUCCUCACAGAGCUUAUUUCUGCUCUUCUGUCUGCGUCGAGAAGUCAGGCACAGCUGCAGGUGACCUAAAUUUGACAUCAUAACACACUGAAGGUGAACGGAGAGCUGAGCAACAACCUGCGUCUCUGAGAAAGACGACAGAUAAAUGAUGGAGUCGUGGUUCAGGAUGCUCAUGAUCGUGAUUGUAAUGUCACAGGUGCAACAGGUGUAACGGAGCUAACAGGAGAGUUUGGGAGCUGUCAGUCAAACACAGUCUGCAGCACAGAAUCACAGUCCUGGAAGAAACGACGACUGAAGCGAAAAAAGGAAAAUCUCCAGAGAGCAGACGACAUUAAGAAAACAAGCUGCUGUUCAGGACCGUCAGAAACAUUCGGAUAUUUCUACAUCAGAGUCAGGACCUCAGAGUCAGGACCUCAGAGUCAGGACCUCAGUCAGGGCGCUGUUGUUUGGACAGAGAGUACGAUCAUUUCUGCUGCUUUUACCUUCAGUACAGUUCGGUGUUUUACUGCAGGUGGAGGCCGUAUUUUCAGCCAUUCUCCAACAUAAAUACUAAAUCUUUAACUGGAUUUGUCUGCAGGAUUUGCAUGAUGUUGCUGUGUGACUUUUAUCCACAUGGAAACGAGGUGAAAACUGAAUUGAGAGGACUCGGGAUGUUGGAGAUCAUGCAGGAUGUUGUGGGCUGAUCAAAUGCAAAUAGAAAAACAGUGAUGAAGGAGGAGGGGUGAACAUGUUUUAUCAUGGCGUAGGAAGAUAGAGCAGUAGGAUUUAAUGUGAAAAACAACAUCUUUAUAUUUGAGAGAAAAUGGAGAACAUCAAAGUGACGAGGAAACAGUUAAUAAAGUUUAUUUUAAGAAUCUCUUUCUUUUCUCUCCAGAUCUACAUCUUUGAGAACAACAUCUACUAUCAGUCGGACGUGAGGAGUAACUCUCUGAGGAUCACCUCCUCGGGGAUGGAGGGAGUCAUCUUUAACGGACUCUCUGACUGGCUCUAUGAAGGUGGGUCCAGACUGAAGAUGUCAAACUAAAUAAAUUAUUUUCAAAGUUAAUGUCAGAAAGUUCCUGAACCUCUGUGAGCUGCUUCAGGCUGAAACUUCCUGUCCUCUCUUCCUUUGGCGUCGGCGAGGAGACAGACAUGUUUGAUUAUCAGUGAGGGAUUUUCAGUCUCCCCGCCAUCCUCGGUCCGCCUGUUUAAAGUCUUUCACAGAUUUGUCUUUAGCAUUAAAACCGCAGCAGAGCCGCCCAGACAAACCAAACAGAGCGGCGAUGAGAAAUCAGCCACAAGCCUCUCCGAUCCAUUAAGUCUGUGUGUAAACAGAUUCAGCCAUGAUGUGAUGGUCGCUGCAGUUUGCACAAACGCAGGCUGAUGGGAACAUUAUAGAAUCAUUUCUGUUUGCACGGCUCCUGCCGAGCUGUGAGCUCUCUCCUCGUUUGGUUUUCCACUGUUACCAUUUGGCUGAUGUUUUUACAGGAGAGGAGAGAGCAGGAGGAGCGUUAAAUACUGCUUCAACAAUCAAGAACACAGUCUAACAAUAACCACCACGAAGAAGAGAGACGUCAGAGAGAAUCCUGAAAAUGUCUGAGAGAGGAUGAGAAAACUCUGUGUCUGUAUUUUCACAGAGGAGGUUCUGCGCUCACACUUGGCUCACUGGUGGUCCCCUGACGGAGAGAGACUGGCUUUUCUCACCCUCAACGACACCCUGGUACCAAACAUGGUCCUGCCCCAGUUCACCGGCACCGCCUACCCUAAAGGACUACAGUACCCGUAUCCCAUGGUCAGUCUGGACUCUGCAGAGGGAUUAUCCAUCACUUCAUUCACUGACCUGCAGCAUGAUUUCAGUUCACACACGUAUAUUCAGUGUUUUUUUUAAUUUAAUCUCAGUGUGAAACAGAAACAGUUUGAAGGAGCAGCUGAUGAACUUUCCUCAGACUCAGGAUCAGCCUGAACUUUAAUCUUGUGUGUUUCUGUCAGGCCGGCCAGAUCAACCCUGCUGUCAGGUUAUCGGUGGUCAACCUGUUUGGGGCGACUCACACUCAGGAGCUGCAGCCUCCGGACCAGUUUAGACACAGGUAACUCACACAGGAGUCCAGAACACACGGACCACGUAGUCCCAGUCUGACCCCCCAGUCUGACCCCCCAGUCUGACCCCCCACCGCGUGUCUCCUCCUCAGGGAUUUCUACAUCACCAUGGUGAGGUGGAUCAGUAACACUCACCUGGCGGUGCGCUGGCUCAGCCGGCCCCAGAAUGCUUCACUGCUGACGGUGUGUGACGCCACGAUUGGAGCGUGUGUUCAGGUGAGCGUCGGAUUAUACAGAUAUCUGUAACCGCACCUACAACCAAACCGCCUGAUUGGUCGUUGAGUUAAAGGAGUUUAAAGUUUGUCCCACAUUAAAAACAAUAACGUCUAAUGAUAUGAUUCGUUUGCUUCUGUCUGAUCCAGAGACACGGGGAGUCUUCAGACACGUGGCUCUCCAGACAGGUAAACAUAGAAACACUCUGAUAGCAUCUCCAGCUGCUCUACAGCCUCUUCAGAACCAUAUACGCUGUUCCAUUAUUGAGGCAGAGACUCCGGGACGCGUUCAUGCGUACAGUCAGCUCUCCGUUUGUGUCUGCAGAGACAGCAGCCGCUCUUCUCCAAGGACAGGAGCAGGUUCUUCCUCACGCUGCCUGUCAAACAAGGAGGGCAGGGAGAUUUCCAGCACAUCACCAUGUUCACCAGAAAGGUGACGGGGAGAAAUACGUCACCCUCUCUUUGGGUUUACGAUUAUCUGCUCACUGCAGAAAAUGUUCAUUUGAUUGAAACUGUUUCUUUUUCAGCUACGAAGUGACCAGGAUGAAAUUCGACAUUUGACCUCAGGAGACUGGGAGGUCACAAACAUCGUGGCUUACGAUGAGAACGACCAGAUCCUGUGAGUUUCAGUUUCAAUGACGUUAAAUCUAAACUCAGUCACCUUCCCUCCCUCUCCGUGAACUCGCCUUAUUUCUGCAAACAUCAGUGGAAACCUUCUCCGUGUUGAGUUUAACACGCUCUGUAAGCUGCAGGGUUCAUGACUGUGUAAAUCCGUGCAGCGAUGAGGGGAGGUGGAUGGAGAAUGGAUCUGUGACCUUGUCCUACUUUCUCCUCUCUUUUCUCUCAGAUACUUCAUGAGCACCGAGGACUCGGCUCAGCACAGACACUUAUACAGGUGAACCAACCAAUCACAGUCUGUCUCUGCAGCCUUUUCAUCCAAACGCUCAUUUUUAACUCUGUCCUUCCGCUCUUUCUCUCCCCUCUCACAGCGUGUCCACGCUCGGGCUGUUUCCACGCCGAUGCCUCACCUGUGGGCUGAAGGAUGAGUGUUUGUUCUUUGAUGCUGAUGUCAGUCCAGAUGCUCAGCACGCCAUCCUGCACUGCAGAGGUCAGAGAAAGGCAGAGCGGUGAUUUAUGUGAUGUUUAAGAGAUAUACGUCAGCCUCCUGACAAAAUACGAUGACAAAGAAAGGAGCGAGUUCAUUCAGGUGCCACUUUUAGAAGAUACUGCUCCAUGUUGGCGGUGAGGAGGAGAGGGAGUCGUGUCCAUUAGAGUCCCGCUGGUUCUCAAAGACAAUAAAAACCUGCCCGUUAAGUCGAGUCGGGUCUCUAAAGGGCCGUCUCCAGCUCUCUGCCUCUGAGCUUCACGUUUUCAUCAUCGUCAGAGGGUGUGUGUUGGUAAAGCAGAGGGACAGAGAGAGGCAGUUUAACACGUGUGUGCUGCAGAUUGAUCAGAGUAAACGUGAUCAAUCACUGUGAUAAAUCAAUCAUCGUUUCAGGACGUUGUUUUAUCUUUCCUGUGGAGUGUCGUCCUCCUCCAUGGACUCGUGUUUCCAGACGAUUCUUCACACUUGAGGAAUGAAUCUAAAGAAACUCUAUUUCUCUGUCGUCUCCCCCUGCAGGUCCCGGGGUUCCAGCUGUCCUCCUCCUAAGUUUUGACGACAUCGACUGUAAGUUUUAGUUCUCCUCUCUUUCCGUUUGUUGAUUUUGCGUCUGUGCAGAUGUGCCUCUGCUCUGAAAUGGAAAAUAAUUUGCAGCAAUUACGUCUCGUCGUCUCAUUUGUGUGAAAACAUCAGCAGCUGUUGGAUUUGGUGUUCUGCCAAAUUGAGCGGGUUUGUACAUUUCAAGAUGUUUAAUGUUUUUCACUCUUUAAACGGCUGCGAUUCGUCUUCUGGAUCGUUGUUUUGGACGGCGCACAGUCAGCGCCCGUCUGAUUUAUUGAUGGAUUAGAGAGAAAAAUUCAGUUAAAAGCUGUUUGAAAGGAUAACAAGUCCCAACCAUUUCACUUUUUCACCUCCUGCCAUUUAUGGACUCCAAAUAUUUCACAUAUGAAGCAGCUGGAAGUGAAAUAUUGAGAACGUUGUUAUUAUUUAAUGGUACAAGUGCAGAACAGGAAGACCGCCUGCCACUGUACAUGGAUUAGUGGUUAUAAAAUAAAGAUGGAGUCGUGCUCCUCCAUUGAAGUGGAUCACACGCUCAAUAUUUCAUGUGAGCUGUUAUCUUUAGGUCACCUAUACAAAACAUGAAAAUAUGAUGAUGUUAUUUUAUCCUGGUGAAGUCCAAAGGUGAUAUAAAUACUGAAGAUCAGAUCCAUCAUCUGUCUGUGUGCCGUUUCCGUUUUAAAAAACUCUUUUUGAGCUUUUAGGUCUUUAAUAAACGGGAUUUUCUUACUUCACAGCAUAUUUCAUCUUGGAGAACAACCUCCCUCUGCGGUCGGCGCUGGAGAAGAAAAAGACGAUCCAGACGGAAACACGGACGAUCAGUAACGACAACUUUGGUACGAAUGAUCUGCAGCUGACAGCCUCGUUCACAAACCACACACAUCCUCAUGAGACCGAGCUGCUCAGAGGACGAAGUGGACGAGCUGCUGCGUGUGUGUGUGUGUGUGUCCUCUCCUUCAGUAAACGUGUGUGUUCUCCUCCUCCUCCUCCUCUUCCUGCAGAGCUGCUGCUGAAGCUCAUCUAUCCUCCAGACUUCUCCGAGUCCUUCCUCUACGGCCUCCUGCUCGUGGUGUAAGCCGGCUGCUCUUUAUUACUCUGACACCGUCUGCGGAGCUGCGAGCUCACACAGCUCCUCUCCACCUGCAGGCUGUUCAGAAGUUCACCAACAAACACUUAGAAGCUGAUUUUGAGGAUUUUCUGUGAAACCAAAAACAGAGGAUGUUGGAGAGGAGAAUCACGGUGGGUUUUUACUCUCUUCUCGCAGUGGCAGCUCUCCAGGUGAGCAGGUGGUUACAGAGGAGUUCCGGCUGGACUGGGACUGGGUCCUGGUGGGUUCAGAGCAGGUCAUCGUAGCCCGGCUGGACGGCAGAGGGUCAGGGUUCAGAGGUCAAAGGUACAGAAAGCAGGACGGACUUCCUGUUGAAGGUUCUGGUGUUGACUUACUUCAUUUUUAACUCGUUGUUCUCCUCCUCCUCCUCCAGGAUCUUACAGCAGGUCCAUCAGGGUCUGGGCUCCGUGGAUGCAGAGGACCAGAUCCAAGCUCUGGAGUACGUAACAUGUUCAGUAGAUCUGUUUCAAUAACUCAGAGAGCGAGGAGGAUUUUUCUUUUUCUUAGAGACUCAUAGUUGAAGCUGCUUCUGUCAGAGCGCAGACUCUGAAUCAGCUGUUUUUAAAGGAGGUGUAGAUGGACUCUGAGAGUAUCGGGCAGAUGUUGUUGUAUCUCUGGAGUGUAUCUGGACAUCAAAAAUCUGCACGUGAGGAUCAGGAGACGCCUGGUUCUUGAGUGUAUUCAGGGAUGCUGUUUUCUCCAGUUUUUCACUGCGCCGGUUUGUAGAUCUAAAACGCAGCAGUGGGUGCUGUGUGUCUCCGUCUCUCAUUUCUUUUCCCAGCGAUGCUCUCUCCCAUGAUCAGUGAAGGCAUCACAGGAGAGAGGCGGUAAUCCUCUGCAGCUCUGACCUUCGACCUCCUCACUCUUGGUGUCUGUGAAUCCGAACUCUUUGUUUCUAAGCGCUGUGAUUGAAACCGCUCCUCUUCUGUCCCGUUCAGGUACCUGACGAAGCUGCCGUUCAUCGACCGCACUCGUGUCGGCGUCUUUGGAGAGGUUCGUCACUCAUCUUUGCUGUACCGCUGCUUAAUCACUGAGGCGUUUCUGGACGUCCUUCGAUGAGGGUUUAGAGUCAGCGGGAGAACUUGAAAGUUUUUAUUGAAACUUUUCUGAAACACUAAGAAAAAAACUGUAGAUGAUGUAAAUCUUACUCUUGGUAUGUUUUAGGUCUUGACUCCUCGUUUACAGCUGAAGAGACUUUUUAUUAUCAUUUUAAGAGACAGAAGAGACGAAAAAAGUGGAGUGAAAAGAGUUUUUUGUCUCCGCUGUUUCCUGAUGACUGAUCUGAGUUUCCGUGAACCUGACAGGACUAUGGAGGCUUCCUGACCCUGAUGAUGCUGAAGUCGACAGAGAAGCUGAUCCGCUGUGCUGCAGCUCAGGCUCCUAUCAUCGACUGGUCCAUGUACGGUGAGUCAAAUCACACGUUUCCUCUUCUGAACACAGCGGCGACGAGGCGACUGUUUAUUACCUCUGCUGCCUCACCCACAUGUUUAUCCUGCACACUGCUUUGUCUGGGUAUCUCAACUUUAAUCAUCUCCAGGUCCUGCUCGGGGGAUUCAGUCUGGUUUCUUCGUUUCUGUACGUCAGAGAAGACAAUGCUGUGCUUUUACCUCCGUCUGCAAUAAAAGGAUCUCUAGAAGCAGAAAAAGACCGAUUUGAACAUGUGAUCGUGUUUUUAGUUCAGCAUCUUCUUGUUAAACUCCUAAAAACACUCUUCCUCUCUUUCCUCAGCUUCUGCGUUCUCAGAGAGAUACCUCGGCUCGCCCUCAGCUGAGGAGAACAAAUACACCGUGAGUCGUUUUUACCAAUCCUCUCAAGUUUACCUGAAACAUAAAGGCCACAUUUACCAUAUCAGACAAAAUCAAGGUCGGACUUGGUACAAAAUUCAGGUUCAGUGUUUUUCCAGAGAGUCUGAGUUUUCUACCUUUUUAUUCGGUGAAAUCUUUCACGGCGGCGCUAAAGGUCAGACUUAAUGAAAACACACUCUGCUCUGGUUCUCCUCACAAACACACGGUCCAAAAUAAAGAGAGAACGUGACCCGCAGCAUUUCUGCUCCAAAAUAUUUGUCCUUUGCUGCACUGGAGGAGAAAAACACACGGACGUGGAAAAGCGCCCGGGGCAGAGGCUGAAAGAGAAAAAUUACACUAUUGUCCUCUGGUUGAAGGUUGCAGUCGGAGUGUUUUUCCUCUGAAGUGGGUUGGCUUUCCUUUAACUGGGCCAGAGGACGCUAUUUUUGUGACUCUCACAGCUGGAGGUCUGACGGGGGACUGGGGGGGUCUGCUUUCAAUGACACCACAGAAGAAGAAAAUGUGUCACCAUGUGAUCAGACGAUAAUCAGCAGGACGCCAUCACUCAGCCCGUCCUCGGAGGUUUUAGAGCCGUCCUCCUGCUGGUUUGAUCCCCCCCAAAAAUAAAAACCUGAUUGAUGAUCCAGAUUGAUCCAAAAACAUCUGCAGCAACAGACAGAAACACAGUUCUCCAUGUUUCAUUUUCAUUCAUGGUCAGGUUCCUCCGCGCUGCAGAGGUCGACUCCAUUCCUCUCCUCUGGGACAGAAAUGGUCUUAAAAUAGUCUUUAUGAGCGCUGUGGUCAGUUUCUUCAUUUCUGUUACUGACGACUCACCGCAGAGUAAUUAAGACACUUUCAUUUAGAUGAGAAGAUCCAGACAGUUAAAGAUUUUAACCAUCUGUGACUCAGACAAGGAAGCAUGAAGUGAGAAUGAGACAAGGUCAUCAUGUGGCUGCUGGACUGAGCGCGACCAGAACCACUUUUAGAACAUUCUUCAGAACCACCUUCAGAACAACCUUCAGAACCACCUUAGAACCACCUUAGAACCACCUUCAGAACCACCUUAGAACCACCUUAGAACCACCUUCAGAACCACCUUCAGAACCACCUUCAGAACAACCUUAGAAACAACUUUCAGAACCACCUUCAGAACAUUCUUCAGAACCACCUUCAGAACCACCUUCAGAACAUUCUUCAGAACCACCUUCAGAACCACCUUCAGAACCAUCUUCAAAACAACCUUAGAAACAACCUUCAGAACAACCUUCAGAACAUUCUUCAGAACCACCUUCAGAACCACCUUCAGAACCACCUUCAGAACCACCUCCCUGUUCAGGAGAGUUUGUGUUUUUGUUGAAAACACCAUAAAAUAAUCAGAUUUCCUCAUCCCUGUUAAACAUUAAAGUGGAUUUCAGCUCUUUGGGACCAAACCGGGCCAGCAGGUCUGACCUGUUUCUACCUUGAAAAAAACCCUCAUUAAUGAGUCUUUGUUGUGUGCAGGCGUCCAAAGUGCUGUCCAACAUGAAGGGUCUGCAGGGAGGGACUCUGUUUCUGGCUCACGGCACGGCUGACGGUACGAGCGUCUGUUCGCUGAUGGAGAGAGUUUUUAAGUUUGACCUCCAUGAAGCUGCUGCUGAGUUCAGCCCUCUGACACACAUUUCUCUGAUUUCCUCCACAGCAAACGUCCAUUUUCAGCACUCUGCAGAGCUCAUCAAACACCUAAUAAAGAUCGGGGCCAACUACACUAUGCAGGUAAAUACUCCACAUAUUAGUGGAGACACAGAGGGUGACGACAGACAGCCUCAUAAGUUUCUCUUUUUAACCUCACUGCUCAUUUUGAGUCUAAACAUGAAGAUGAUCCAGUGAAUCAUUUCAAAACAAAACCAGAGAAUAAAAACGGAGAAUAAAAACGGAGAAUACUCAGAGAUAGAGAAGUUUUCAGCUGUGGCUGCUUUAGCUGAUUGACGAGAUUUUAAUCACUUCCCAAUGUCCGUUCUUGGAUUUAAAGCUCCGUCUUUGGCUCAUAAAGCUUUUAUUGAAGACACUCAGCCUCCGUCACACAGACAUAAAACCAAAAACAAGGAUUAUUCCUCUUCAUGAUUCAGGAAUAAUCUCAGCUCCUGACUCUCUCUCUCAUCCCUGCUCCGGUCUGCAGAUGAAUUCGGCUCGUUCGUGUAGUUCUCAUGCUGAAGUGUUAAACAGGAGCUAAACAAACUUUCCCUAAAGAUGACAAAGACUGUGUUUGUGGGUCCGAAGCUCCAGAACAAACCCACAGUUUAAGUGGACCUGAGUCCGGACGGAUUGGUGAUUUAUUCUGGUUUCAAGAGCUAAAUUGUUGUUUUCCUGACAGGAUUGAUGGUUUAGUGUCUGCUUUACUCGUAUAUCUCUCGUGUUUUUCCCGCAGAUUUACCCAGACGAGGGACACUUCCUGUCAAAACGCAGCCGCGUCCAGCUGACUCACUCCCUAAUUGGUUACUUUAGAGGAUGUCUGCUCGACGCGUCGUCAUUACUCGACCAGGAAAAGAGGGACGACGAGUGAGAGGCUGCGUGUGCGUGAGUUUGUUCUUGUCAGUGUGUGUGUGUGCGUGCGUGUGUGUGUGUUUUAUACUUGUAGCACAAACAUUUGAGGGACGACACGAGCUUGUUUUUGGCGUACGGGACUGAAUCUGUCACACCAUCCAGUCACCGGGGGCAGUAAAGAGAACAGAGUAGAUUAGACUGGUUUUAAUGGCGUCUCUCAGCACAGUCUUAAAUGUGAAAUGAGCACAGAUUAUGGUGCACUAUCACACCUGUUGUGUUUCAUUUGUGUUAUGUGCUUUUUUGAAGCCUAAAUGUCAUUAAAGUAGGACGAAGGUAAAAACGGUAAAAAUGAAGAUGAAACUCCCUCAGAGGGAAAAGUGUAAAUUUAAAACCGGAUCAUUUUGCACUUAUUUCUAAAACUCCUAAAUCCUGUUUUUGUUUCUCCUGGUAGAUUUACUGACGGACUGUCGGAGCCGUUUCUCUGAGUGUUUCUGUUGAAAUGCUGUUUGACAUCCAACUCUUCCUGUCCACAAACUUUUCUCUCACAAACACCCGUUCAAAGUUUCACCGACCUCCACCACAUCCAGGGUAGUCCUGUAUUAUUGACCUGUUUCAUCGCCGUCAUUGUAACCUGAAGACUUGUAUAUUUUUGGAGAUCCACUCGAGUGUGUGUGUGUGUUUUUAUGUGAUUUAGCGGCAGGUGUACAGAGUUUAAGUUUGACAUAUUUAUAUCAGUGUUUCUACUGAGCUGUGAUUAUCGUGUCAGCGGUCCUUUUGAGAAAUAAAAAUCACUCUUUCUGCAGAUUUCAUGAGAUUACCAACGUUUCAAACUCACCUGAGCAGGUUUAUCAGAGAUGGACCGUCAGUUCUGCUGACUCAGACUUUGUGCUGUUUUAUUUUCGGAUGGUCACAGAAUUAUUUUUGCUAUUUAUUUCAAAUGUUUUUAUAUUUUCUACCAGUUGCCAAAAUCCACUUAAAGGUUGUAGAAUAUUUAUUCAGCUGUUGCAGAAACUUGAAUUCACACUCACGCUAACUGCUGUAGAGGAUGAAUCAUCUCAAGUGCAAUUUCUCUCCACUUUGUGCUUCAGAUUAUUUUUUUGGUUUCUGAGUCAAACGCUCUGAAAACACUCCAGGUUUAGGAGUUACCCACAAAGCUUUGCAGCAGUAAAGGGCCCGGUGAGCGUCAGAGGGUCACGAUGACUGUCUGUGGACAGGAAAGCCAUAAACCACCUCGAUGCUGUAGUUAUGUGUGAGACGUUUAACUUUAGAGACACAGCUGAGAAAAGUGGAGAAUGAGCCUGUAUGAACACGAGUUUAUCCUAAAAAAGACAAACAGAGCUGUGUGUGUGUGUGUGUGUGUGUGCGUGUGUGUGUGUGUGUGUGUGUGUGUGCGUGUGUGUGUGUGUGCUCUGAGAAACUCUGUACGGAGUCAUAUUUGAUGUUUCUAUCAGGGUUUGCCCGUCCGUCACUCUGUCUUUCUUUUCUAUUCUUUGGACGUUCAGAGGAGGAUCUAUGAAAACCUGUUGUAUAUUUCGGCUGUUUUAUUAUUAAAGUACAAAAAUGAGCCGUUGAUUUGGUGUUUUCUUUGUUUCCUUCUCCUCUAACAGAAAUAACAAACUUUACUCUGUCCUGAUUUUUUCACAUUUGUUUUCUGAGUACGAGACGUCAGGUUUAUUGACUCUGUCUUCUAAUAAUGACGAAACUCCUAAAAACUCCAGAUGUUUCCUCAAAGUGUAGAUGUAUUUUUCUUCUUACACCAGGUUAAGAAAGCUUGUUUUUUUGUGAUCUAGAAAUCAGGAUAUCAGGCAGGUCACAGAGGUAGUUCAGACCAGGACAGUCCGCACCGCUGUCACCGUUGUCUCUAAAAUGAGGUGAGUUCAAUAUUUGUUCAUUUUGUGCUUUUACAACCCUGGGAAUACGACUUAUGAUUGUCCACUUUGGGCCUCCGUAGGCUGAACUCUUGCAGUCUAUUAAUCUUUUAAUGCUUUUAUUCGUUUUUGCACCUUUUCCUUUCAAUAAUCAGCUCUAACCCUUCUGUGGUUUUACAUAAGAUACCAGCACCUUUAGACUCAGAGAGAUCCUGCCGCUCUACAGCCUCUGCUGCUGAGCCCCUUUAACUUCCUCUCUGAGAGGAAAGUGUAAGGCAAAUCUCAUCGGCGUGAAGCUGCUACUCAUACAAAAGCCAGAAAUUGUCUUUAUCUCCCUCUCAGUGCUGUCUGACCUUUUUCAAAUCCCCUGUCCACACUCUGCAGAGACUCUGUUCAAACUCAGCCUUAAUUACCUCAAAGCAAUUACAGAGCCAAGGAUGGAGGCUGGCAGCACCGAGGAGGGAGACCGAGUCCAGCAGAAACUUCACGAACUGUGAGUUAAACUUGGUUUUCAGAUCGGGUCGGACUCUGGGGGCUCCUCAAAGAUAAAUACAGCAGUCUCUAACUUCUGCCCACAGCUCCACUCAGGA